CUGAUUCAUUAAGACAUCUUAAUCGAUUUGAUGAAGCAUUAAAAUAUGCAAAUUUAGCAAUAUAAUGGAAUCCCAACUUUGCUGAUAAUUAUGAGCUUAAAGGUAAAUCUCAGGUUAAAACUGGUAGCAAAUAUAUUAAAAUUCUAAUAUAAGAUCGAAGAAGCUCUGAAGUAUUUUGAUGAAGCAAUUCAAAGAAAUCCUGAAGGUUCAAAAUAUUAUGCAGAAAAAGGUUUUUAUAUUUUAUUAAAUUCAAUUUAAGCUGAUACGUUAAGAGCAGUAAAUAGAACUCAAGAAGCUUUAAAAUUUUGCAAUAUUGCUCUUUCUAUUGAUCCAUAUAACCAUAAUUAUAUUGUAAUCAAAAGUAAAGAUUUAUUAUUUUCUCAGUUUUAACUUUAUUGUAAAUGAAUCGUUGGGAUGAAUCAUCUUAAUUAUAUGAGUAACUAUAAAAAAUUUGUCCAAAUAAACAAUUACUUGAACAAAUAAAUAGUAAUUAUAAAAGAAUAUUUUAGGGGAUAUAUUAAUUCAGAUGGAAUAGUUCAAUCAAACCUUCGGUCAAUAAUGA